AUGAAGACUACUGUGGCCAUUGUAUUCCUUCUACAGGUGUCAUUAAGAUUUGGUAAGUUUCUUUUAUGAGAGUAUUAAAAAUUUCUUUAAAUGUUUUUCUGGAUAAUUCAAGAAGUACGUUGAUCAAUUUUAUUAAGUCAAGUACAUCAACCUUUCAGCUGUUUGAAAUUCAGCGUUUUCUGAUCAUUAUUUUCUAAUCAUUCAACGUUUUCUAAUAAUUGCAAUUGACCAAGGUUCAUGGUAGUUAUUUGCUAUUUACAAGAUUUACAAGACCGUACCAAAAGAAAUGUAUUGCAGAGUAAUUUUUAGCAUGUUCUUUUUCGUGAUACACUGUCAAACAAAAAUCGCAAACUUAUCAGCGUAUUAUGCACGUAAAAGGUUGUAUCGUAGAUUUUUAUUUAAACAAAUCCACGACAGUCGAGAUACCCUGCGUUCGAGCGGAUGCCGAAGCUAUCCGCCCCUCUUUGAUGAGAACGAGCCUAUUCCAGACCAACGUCGUUCCCAGGGUUGGAAAGAGUGGGAGAGAACCCUGAGAACAGGGUUGGUUCCAGGCCCUCAGUCGAUAGAUAAGUGCGACUAAGGAAGACUACGACGACGAAGGAAAUUUCAAUUAAAUGAAAGCCUGAGUCAUCCAGGUGUUCGACGAGGAAACGUGAAGUAGCUAGCAGAUAUCGCUUACUUCUUCCAUCUCUUAUAUGAUUAAAGCCUGAAAGAAUGUCCACUAUAAUCGCCCUGAUUUCUUUUAAAAGGUUUUUCUGAAGCGGCUUGUGAUCAACCGCUUGGAAUGCAGAACAGUGCCAUUCCGAACUCCGCCUUGACUGCUUCCAGUGAGGCAGGCGUUGCUCAUAGUCCUAACAGAGGAAGACUAAAUUAUGCGACACCUGCACCUGCUGCUUGGUCGUCUGGAGGUGCUCAUUAUCUGAAAAACAGCUGGUUUCAAGUUGACUUUGGAAGUUGGACUAAAGUGACGAGGAUUGCAACCCAAGGAAGAAAAUAUGCCUACCAGUGGGUGACACGAUAUCGUGUGUCUUAUUCCUACGAUGGGAUAUUCUUCAAAGACUACACGGAAGUAGCCUCUAAUCCAAAGGUACUUUAGCAUUAAUAUAAAAAUAAUCGAACCUUUCAUCGGUUACCACCAAUGCUGCGAAGAUCUAGUGGUCGUUCUCGGGAGGUGGUCGCAUGCGAGAAUCGAACCGGGGGUCCGUUUUUUUUCUUUUCAUUUCAAGAAGAGAUCCAUUCACAUCUAACGUGAGGCACGAAAUUUUUGCAGGGGGUUUAUUUUUGCAGAUUGGCAAUUUUUUGUGUUUUGCGGGAACUUAUUUUUCCGAUUAGGACAGAUUGGUUUUACUUAGAAUUAAUUUUUGCGAUUUUCAGAAAGUACCCAUGUACCCAGCAUUGAUUAUAUCUUCGUUUUUAUUGAGUACGUGCAAUAGAAAUACAUAUUUUCAAGCAGUAAACCAGUAUUUAGUUGUUUCUGAAUGAGAGAGGCAAGUUGUGAUUGCCAUGACAGACAUGAUUUCGUAGUACUGUAUUUUUGAGUCGUGAAUUUAAGUUGGAGAAUAUUUACUCUGGAGAUAAUUUUUGCGGAAAAAGUAUGUGCGAUAAUUUUUAUUUGCGGGAACUUAUUUUUGUGGAUCGCUGGAAAAACCGCAAAAAUUGCAAAAAUAAGAACUCGCAAAAAUUUCUUGCCACACGGUAUUUUAAGAGAGGAAGAACGUCUACUUUUAAAAAUUUCAAAGCAUGGAAUUCAUAGCAUGUAUUUUCUAAGUUAGGGUAUGCAUAGUUCCAUGUUGUACUAAAAUUUGCCCACGUACUGUUAUUAAUUAGUGAAGUGCAUACAUGCGAACACGGUUAUCAAACUAUGCAUCAAGAAAAGGGAACAUUUAAAUCCGUCGCCACAAAAAGUGGUCGUUUAAAGUGAAUGGGACAUCCUUAUUCUGGGGAGAGGGGAACGAAAGUCUAGCAAAUUAAUAACUAUGAUGUAUAGUUUUAUGUCAAAAAGUCGUUGAACCUAAAAAAAGUGUUUUUUGAACUUUUUGUUUUGAAAUUGAAGGUCUUUUCCGGCAACUCAGACAGAAAUGGAAUUGUCACUCAUGAGUUGACGAAUCCUAUCAUUUGCCGCUACAUUCGAAUCCUUCCUACUGCAUAUUACGCCUGGGUGUCGCUUAGGGCUGAAUUCUAUGGCUGCAAAACAGGUACGUAGGUACCCAGGGUCAGUCAGUGAAGUAUAUCACUGAAAGUAACUCCGACUCUCCUACUUAAUUACGCGUUAGUUUCGUGCACGCCGUUUAAAGGUCACUUCCUCAGUCCACAGGGAACCCAUCUGGGCGCCCGUAGCCCAGCUGUAAACACAGAAGGGAAGUUGUAGUUUUCAGUAAGUGGUUGGAAUGAAGUUGAUAGGGUUUUGGGUCGUGUAAGUUGACAUGAAUAAUAGUCGAACCCAGGUAUGCGCCCUUAAGUCUUGCACGAGCUUGCAAAGUAAUGCGCGACGUCUGACCAGGGCUCCGUAAGUUUAACCCAAGAUUAAGCCAAAUUUUAAGCAUAGUUUCCUUGUCUACGAACUUGUAACUCAAGCUAACAAAAUACUGAUGAGUUCUCGCUCUGAGAUACGGUUAUGAUAACUCAAAAUGUUUCUCUUAGCAUGCACAGGAAGGUAAAUACUUGGUUAGCGCAAAUUGGCCUUUCAGGAACCGGGCCCAAGAUUGUACUUUCCAGCUAGAUAGAUAGAUAAGCUAGAUAUGUCUGUUAAGUUUUAACUGAGCCAAGAACACACUUAGUUGGUUGCUACAGUACUAUAAGAGACGCUCGAAUGGACAUUAAGUUCAGAAAAUCAAAUGGUUAGUCAAGGUUUUUGCCUUAACCAGUGGUCAAUUAAAUAAAACUUUUACAUGGUGUAAUCUACCGGAGUAGCUGUUGUUUUCAGACUCUAAAACAAUGGCUGUAAUUGUAAAAUACACUUUCAAAGUUUUAUUAAAUUGAUCCCAGUGUAAGUUCAAAGUUGUGUACCAUCCUGAUCACGGCCUACAGCCAAACCUGUAUGAAGCUGUCACCAUUGGGGAAAAGAUCUCGGGCCAUUUAAAACAGGUUUGACAAACCUAAGAAAUAUUCAAGAACAUGGAUAUGGUGAAAGAGCCAAAUACCGUAAAAUUCCGAAAAUAAGCCCCGGGGCUUAUAUUUUUCAAAGGCCCUUUUUGAGGGGCUUAUCUGCGGAGGGAAAUUUGCGUUUCAAAAUCGAUGGGGCUAGCCUUAUAAAUGGAAGGAAAUUUACCGUUUUUGCCUCGUUUUACUUGUGUAUUUGAGGGCAAUUUUCAAGUACAAGCCCCCCGGGGGCCUUAUAUUUCGAGGGGCGAUUUAGGGGCCGACCAUCUGACGGGGGGAGGUGGGUGGGUGAUUUUGGAAAAAAUUUCCUGCAAGCGCUUGUCGGAAGAAAAAAAUUGCAUGCAGCACAAAUGUAAUAAAGAGCUUAAGGGAAAAAAAGGGAAAAAAAUAUCCUGCCCACCAUAUUGCUAGAAAAAAAAAUUCUUGAUGACCAGAAAUCACCCACCCCCACCCUCAAGAGUUAAAUGGUCGGCCCCUUAACGGAGGGCUUUUUGCGGUACGAGUUUGUGGGGCUUAUACAUGGAGGGGCUUAUUUUCAGAAUUUUACGGUAUCUAUCCCCUGAAAGAUCGAGCUCGUCUUGUCAAAAUGACCCGUUUUGCUAGAAAAUAGAAAAGAACUCGUAAGGAAAAGGUGACCGCGACCGUUUAAUAGAGGGUGACCGCUAAAUACAGGUUCGCUUACAGUAGAGGUUUUAGUGUAUAUCGUUUUGUUAUCUAGUUGCUAUUCAUGUAACUGCUGUCCUGUUGUAGGUUUUCCCAUCCCAGAGCUACCAACUUGCAGGCAUCCGCUGGGGAUGGAAAGUGGCCACGUCCCGAAUUCCGCAAUAACUGCUUCCACCAAACUGUCUUCAGCAUUUGGUCCUGAGAAUGCUAGACUUCAUUACCAGGGUGAAGCUGGGCGAGUUGGGGCCUGGAUACCCUUACAUCAAGACCACAGGCAAUGGCUUCAGGUGGACUUCGGAUCUGUGACACAAAUCACGGGUAUAUCAACUCAAGGUUAUUACAAUGCCGAUCACUGGGUUAAGAGCUAUACCCUGCAAUAUAGUGACAAUGGUUACAGUUUCAAGCCAUAUCAGCAAAACGGGCAUACCAAGGUACUGACUGGUUUUUUAGGUAGCAUGUAAUUGUGUUCGACGUUGGGAGAACGCAACCUAAACUUAACGCACGAGAAGGCCCAGUGAAUAAAUCUCACCUAUUUUAAAGGAGAUUUCCAAGCUGCAAGUAAAAGCCCCAGUUAAUCUAAGUAUCAUGUUACGAUAGUGUCUUCAAUUUCCCGACGUCAAUUCUUGCUGAAUAUUUUGCGUUAUUUUUUCACAUGUCGUCAUUCAUUCACAUUUUGGCCGACAUCGUCCUUCAUUGUUCAAAGCGCAUAUACGUCGGCAUUGCACACAUGUACUUGACAUAACUUAAAAAUUAGCUUCAUGUUGCAACUAAAUUUGCUAACCCUUGAAUAGUGAAAAAGUGAAAUAGCUAAGCGAACCAGGUUUUUAAUGCGGUCGAACAGUGUACAUUGUAUACUAAGUUACACUCCCUAACAACCAUGAAUUUUCUUUUUAAGACCUUUGACGGAAAUGUGGAUCGAAUGAACGUUGUCAGUCAUGUACUGAACCCGCCUAUCAACGCAAGUUAUAUAAGGGUCAUCCCUGAGUCCUAUUAUCUUUACGAAGCACUGCGGUUAGAGUUUUACGGCUGCAAAACAAGUAAGACAUUUUAAAGCUGAUUGUUUACUCUUGGGAGAUUAUGAGACCUCUAUUUUCGAUCGAGCAUUGAACGUACUUGUUCGAUGCUCAUAUAUGCUGCCCCAGUCAUGGUCCCUAACGGACCUCUGCACUCUCCCCAGAUUUCGAUCGCCAAGUAGAAUCAAGUCAAGAAGGUGGCCUUUGAUACUAAGCUCUUGAUGUUAGCCAUCACGUACACAAAUAAAGAACGCGAACAGUCUUAAGGGAUAAUUGUUGCGGUGAAUCAAAGUUGUUGUUUUCAGACUAUUGCUGCUGAAAUCGCUUUCUCUUAAGCCAAUGGAGGUUACUCGCAAUUAUGAUGGGGGGUGGUGGGAGUUUAAAGAAUUAUAUGCUACCACCACACUAAUAAACUUCUUAUUAUUUUCUGUAGAAUGAGGUCCUAUGGGCGCCAUGAACAAGGAUACUGUGGGAUUUGAGCUAACUUUAGGAAAGAUGUGAUUUUGGAAAUUGCAGCAACAAAACUAGGAUAAAUAUAAUAAAGGGGCAGAGCUUGGUAAAACAUUAUUUAAAGUAGAACAAAGCCGUGGAUGUGAUAUUGGUUUAGUAUGGUAAUAACCAUGCAAUGCAAUGCCAUGUCUAUAUCAUGGAAGCUGUGAUAUUAAUACAAGUAUAAAGGGUCAUGAUUUAUAAGGGGGGUAUUUGUAAUUUGAGAGUUAGAAAUAAAAGAGUAUUUACAGCCGUAUGUUUCGACUCAACUGCCUCAAGCUCUCUUGAUACGUAUGUGUUAGGCGGAACCGGGGGAUGGGCUGAGGGAUACUUCCUUAUUCAUGUUGGGGCGUACCGCCGCUCUAACAAAACAAAACCAGUACAGCUGAUAUAUUGCUAUGAUAACUGGACUGGCUUUUCGGUCAAGAACGUCAUUUAGCCCUUUUGUGUCAAAUGCUUAUAAAGAGACAUCAUUUCAUUACCUAACAAGAAUCUCCGAAAGGCGAUUUUUAACUGGGCUGCAAAGGGGCUAUUUUUUCUGAGGGGAGGGGGCGGCUAUACACUCAGGCUACCAUAAAACCUUGACGGCAACCAUUGCAUGUAACAGAAUCUCAUGUGAGACUGAAACACAAACUCAUUCAAAACAUUGUACCCUUUUGAAAGACUUUCGUAACCAAAAAAAAAGAGUGCCAUUUUUAAGUGGGAGCUGUACAAUAACUUUUAAAUUCCACCAUUAUGAAUCAAAAUAAACAAGUUAGCCAUUAAUUCUAAACAGGAAACAAUUUGCGUUAUUUCCACGCACCCCUCCCCCAAUCCCUCUGUGCCCUAAAAUAUAGCGUGACAGUAUAACGUGACUAAUUUGACGUAACCGGAAAUUCCAAAAAUUGUUGUCCUUCUACGAGCAUAAAAUGCGACAGACUAAGCUGAUUUACACUAGACAGAAAUAUUGUAUUGUAUGAAAACCAGAAGUAUACUAAAACAGAUAGUUAACUGCCCAUUGAUCCCGCCUGAUCCAGGGGCCUCACUGACUGCACGGAGACUUUACUGCGCUUUUCACAAACAUGCGAACUCUAAAGUUCAAAAGCCACCUUCACAAUUGUGUUUAUCGCUGCCGUCAAUCAUAAUUACGAUCACAAGCAACGAACCUUGAAACAGAGAAACAUACAAAACGGAUCGAAAUCCACAAAUCACAAACCAUGACCUUUUGAACCGGUGAAGUAAAGUUUUGUUUCCUAAGAGGUCCGUUAAGAUGAUUGACAGCAGCGAAAAACGCAAUCGUCGGUUGGUUUCUGAACUCCAGAAUUCGCAUGUUUGUGAAAAGUGCGAUCCUAAUUUGCGGUCCACAGUCUACAUGAAAACGCACUAUUUUUUCCACAAGAUGAAAAGUAUUCAGUUUUAAGAUUUUCCUCACGGUAUUUUUCUCUAACUUAGAGGAAUAAAAUCCUUUGCAUUUUGAGACCUAAAAAAGUUUAAAGAUUUCUCGCUCGCAUGUUGCGUUCACCAGCACGCACUUCAAACAAUGUAAAAAGAUGAAACGAUCGAUAACAUAUUUUUUACCUGAUACCGAUGUGAGUUAAAAAUUCGCUCCAGUUCUGUUUGUCUCACCCAAGACUAACUUUUCUUCAUGGAAACUAUGCCGCUUUAUAACUCGUCCGAGGUUUUUGUGCAAGCUAAACAAUAUGGAAACACUAUUCACAGUGACUCCUUGGAUAUUAAAAAGACCGAACGUGACGCACUAUUUUGCAUGCCUUUGUUUACUUCUGAUCACAUCUUCAAGCGAAGUCUCUCUUUUCAAGCGAUUCAUCUCAAUGCACAAUAAUUGACCCUUGUAUUAGUUAAAAUCCUAUGGUUCAUUUAUAUUAAUGCUGUUUUCGCCCCUCACAUUGACUGUGUUCGUUCGUAUUCAAAACACCUUUACGAAAAUAAAGGUCGUAUAAGUCAUGUGUGUUAUGUUUCGAGAUAAAUGGAUUAUACGCUUUUUUAAGUUUCCAUUUUGCGGUGACUUCAGUUUACAUCUCCAUAAAAUAGUAAAAGAAAUAUCAAGAAACAUCACGAGAGCUGAAAAUUUUCAAAGGCAUGUUUUUGAACUCGCUAAUCCUGACAUCAAUAUAGCGUGCUUGCUGAAUGGGCGAAAACACAGAAUUGUGAUCACAAGAUCUUGUACAAAUUUAAUGACAAAAGCUUAGCAAGAUACAGAUACAAACAAAAGCAAACCCCCUGAAACCUCGACCUGGGCUACACUUGUAUGCUCUACUCAGUCACUAAACCUUGUCAGUAAUAGCUCCUAUUUUCCUCAAGUCGCUCUCUGUGAAGCUCCCGGAUGGGAUGUCCCGGAGAAGCUUUAAACUUGUGUGCGAAAUUCUCAGAGUUCCUAUUUUUGUCCGUGUCUUCUUUAUCCUCAGUAUCCGAAAUUUAGAUCUCCAAAGUGGCGUGUGUUGCAUUAAAUAGAAGGAAAUAUUUAAAGGAAAAGCCAGUCUUCUAACAUGGCAAAGUUGUCACGUCCCUCGCUUAUGGACGUGCCUCACAUCAGGAUUAUUCAUCUGCCAUUCAUCGGCAACUGAGUUGUUCGCUUCACUGACUAUGACGGCUUACAAUCAAGUCUUCAGCCAUAGUGUCGUCAACUGGUGAAAUACUUUGGGCUAGAUUGCAGAAUACCCGGCCCACGAAAUAUCUACCAUAAAAAACUUGCUCCCGCAGUGCCGCAGUGCCGCAGUCCGUGUUAUUAACACAAAAAACUUGCUCCCGCAGUGCCUCAGUGCCGCUGUCCUCAAAAUUAACUUAUCCGGCUUCCUUUGCUUAAUCGAGCGCAUCGAUGGCUUUUAACGUUGAACAACAAGUCGAACAGAAAUAAAUUAAUUUUGUUCUAUCAAGCACAAAUAUAUUACUUUCGUUUUAUCUAGAAACAUGAUGCAAACACACUUUCGAACGCGGCAGAUUGUAUAUUUGAUUGACCCCAAAUACACGCGCUCGAGUCGGGUUUUCCUGCAGUUACUACACACUAAAUCGCUUGGGCCAAAACAAACUCUACACACAUAAAUUAUACCUCGUUCUUUUAUCCAGUUGACCCCAAAUACACGCUCCCGAAACAAGCACUCAACUCCGAAAGCAACUGCAAACACAUGAAUGAACCUCUUUCAAUUUGUUUUUGUUACGCCGAAACAUGCGGGUUAGCCCGAACUUUCCUACGCAGCCGUAAUUUGGAUUGUUCAGGGGUGUUGCGUGACCAGCCUCGCUGUCACGGACAUGAUCGUGAUCUUUCCACACGACAAAGACUAAACAUCGCCUUUUCAAUUUGUUUUAUUGAGCUAUCCUAUUGAAUACAAAUUAUAGACACCGCAUUGUAUCCACAAAGUUUAAAACAUGAAAUAAGCUAUAACUUUUCGCCAAGUCUGUAAUAUUGGACAAAUGCCUCAGACCUCAACUGAAUUAUACUCACAACCAACAAAUUUAGUGAAAAUUCCAACACUUCUUUUAUCCUGUGACGCGGGUAACAGUUCUAUAAUUUUACAUCUUAAUUUACUGGAUAAAUUUUCUUCACAUCUCGUAAAAACAUCUCAAAUAAGUCAUUGUCUUUGUUCCUAUAGCGCCACAUGAAUAGCCUUCUUCAGGUUCGCAACGCCUUGUGGGUUUUUCAGGGGGAGCGCAGACAAGGUACAAAAAGUAUCCGUGCAAGGGUUCAUGCAAGAGAAAACCCUAUGAAACCAUUUGUGAGAACAUCGUUUCUACGUCCCAGACCCUCGUGUUUUCCCUCCCCCGGAUGACCACUUUGUGACACCGACGACCGAAAACCCAUUUUAUGACUGGGCUUGCCGGGCAGCCCAGUAAUGAACUAUAACGCUCCUACAGCGGCGGUCAGUUUCGCUUGCUUGGAGAUUAGAUCGAGAAACGAAGAGGCGAUCAAUUCUACACGAAACAGGAUUUACUCACUAAAGGUUUUUCCUUUCCUACUUUAUCGUCGUCAGUACUUUUUUAUUUGUUUCUGAAUUGAUUCAGUACGCGUGUUAGCGACGACCGGAAAUACGUCUGCGGUCGCAGGCUUUACGCGUGGAUAAAUACACGCUAAAUUCAAAGGCCUCGGUUCCAGAGAAAUUACAACAUUGCCAGAGAUCAAAUAAGUGAUUUACAUGGCAUUUCAAUCAUCGCCGAAAAUAAACCGCAUGCUAAUCACAAGACUCAUAUGCAUACAAUGAAAGUUUACAACUGACCCAACCAUCGCAGUUUUGCUAAGGUGCUCUUAAUUUUUUUUUUCGACCACUCAGUAGUGUUCAUUUGUUCCAAAGUAAUCAAACGCUUUGAAGCGAUGGAAUUCGUGGACCGACACGUUUCGGAAAAGCUCUAGAUUUAAUCUUUCCUAUGCUUUCUUCGGAAAACAUGGAUGGCUUCGAUCACGCAACGAUUUUUUGUCCCAGUUUCCACGGUCUCCGCACGGAGACCGCCAUGUAAAUGCCGCGUCAAGUAAAAGCUAAGAAAUUCAAGCCUACUGUAUUACAAAACGAAGUGUCCUUACGAAGUGAAAAUUGUGUAAAUAUUAGUUUUAAGCUUCCCUAGCACUUCAUGAAGGAUCUAUAAUUGUUUGAUGACGUCAUGUAAAAACCAGCAUUGUAUACGCCAUAGUAGAUUGUAUACAACGGCUGCAGAGUGAUGAAACUAGCAUAUUUACCGUUUGACCUGCGUGACAGCUAAACAUUAAUAGAACAAUUCGCUGUGCUUUAUCGACAAAAAUUCAUGUUUCGCUGACUCUACAAAGUAAACCUCAAAAAAUCCCAAAUCGAUGUUCUUCAGUUCGGUAGUCUCCUUCACAGCUGUGUUUUAUGGAAGUUUCGACAAAAGUCUUUUCGGGCAGUGUGGAGUCUACGACGCAAGCUAAUAUUUAUACCAAUUUUAUAAAAACGAAUGCUUUCCGUUACUUGCAACUAACGUAAAUCACUCUGAGCGACCAAUUCUCAUCCUCGUGCUUGAAAGCUGUAAAAUUAAACCCUGGACUUGUGCAUAAAUACAUUUUUGAGUAGCUAAGCUAAGAUCAAUUCACCACCAGCAAUUAGUAUAUACACACUCGGUGAUCUUGGUGAUUUAAGCAAUCUAAUUGGUUCGCUAUCUCGGACAAUUCAAUAAUAUUCACCUCCUAGCGAGUAGAUAAUUUCUUUCUUUCCUUAGAGAACGAUCUUUUAAAAGUCAACAAAAUCCUAGGGUUGACUUUUUUAAGGCAAGAAAAUACUUGGAAGGAUACAAAACGGCGUUUUUCCAUUUCCUGUCGCCGAGUUUUGUGCUAGACGGAUUGUUUAUACAACUACCGUUUAUUCGCGUAGAAAAAGCCGUUUCGUGAACUCAGCGUUUCGGCCUAACAAGAAAAUUUAGCCCAAAAUCGAAGUUUAUUUAUGAAAAACAAAUUUGGAAGCAAAUGUUUGCAAAAAAUUCUACCUUUCAAGUAAACAGGACAAAGAAUGGUACAGGAAGACGACGCCUUAUCUCGAGCAACCGAGCCGCCAUUUUUGUCAGCACUUCAUGCGAAGAACGACACAACAAAUCCUUUUGACUCUAAACUUGGCGUAUCGACACAAAACAACAAAGCUCUACUUUUCUUCUUGGGAAAAGAAACAAUUUAAACUUUUAACGGUUCCAUUUAAGCCAUGUGACGUUGUUGUUUGCGACGUGAUAAACUUGUGAAUUACCAAGAUUUUUAAACUUUCGCGUGAUUUGAUCCGUCAAUCAAAUCGUACUUUUUAAUGGUUUCCUCUCUGAUUUUGUUGAGAUCACUUCGUGUGUAUAUACUAAAACAAUUAUUCUUUUCAAUCUCGGUGAAUAGUGGCUUUAGGAAUAUUUACCUCGCUGCUUCGCGCCUUGGUAAAUAUAUUCACCCACUAUUCACCUUGAUUUCAAAGAUAAUAAGUUAUACCAGAUGGGUAAUUUUUUAUUUUCAAAGAAGAUCCCUUUGUGCGCAGCUAGUUAUUUAAAACGUUCUUGAAAACUGAAUGGAAAUAAACAACGCAUGCGUCAUCAACCCAAUAGUCCAUUUAAGAGUUCGCUCGAUCUGACCGCUGAAUUAAAGAAGUGAAGACACAUUUUUUUUACAGCCUUAGCCUCAAUCUGAAGUAAUAUAUUCACAAAUUCCAACCGGAAAAAGACCUGUUUAUUACUCUGUUUAUUGUGUAUAUUCAAAUUUCAAACACUUACUUGCCAGAAUUUCUGAAUAUUUUACUUUACGUCGAGGCUAACCCUGUAUAUGAAUGUGUCGUCAAUGUAUACCAGAUGGGCAUUUUUUUAUUUUUAAAUUAUUACUUCAGAUAUGGAUAAAUUCAUAUUCUUAAACACUAACCGCAUAAUUUUGUUCAAAGAGGAUCCCUUUGUGCGUAGCUUGAUAUUUCAAACGUUCCUUGAAAUUCAAUUUUUUUAAACUGAAUGCAAAUAAACAACGCAUGCGUCAUCAACCCAAUUGGUCGAUCGCUAAUAUUUAAACAAUGUUUUACGUAGACCGUAUAGAGGACGAUCUUUAAACCUCCACAUAUAUGUUUUAGUGUUUAGAGUUAAAACUGUUUUUAUUUUCCUCAUAUUGGCUAAACUUCGUGAAUCGCCCCAAUGUGUUUUGUUUCAAGUUAUUUUUGCAAUGGUCCUUUACUGGAAAACGUCUUGACAUUUCCCACACUCUCCUGUUAAUGUCUUGUUUUUACGUUUCCUGGACGAUUUUGACCGGUCUACCCAGGAAAACAGAGUGGGUUCUAGAACAGUGGCAAGAAAUCAAGUCUAGAGGCCGUUAAGUUUUUAUUUGCGAACUUUACUCACUUCAAUUCCCCGCCUUAUAAACAAAUCAAUAAAAAUCGUAAAAUUAAACCUCACCGUAUUGUAUUACAGUGUUGUAAUUAGAAUACAAAUUUUCUUACGGCAGAAAAGAAAACAACAAUUUCCUUUUAAGGCCAAGCAUGGAUUUUCUCCCCCUCUGACCCUAAACUUUUCAACAAACAACAAGAAGUCAAACAGGAAGACGCAAGCGAAAUAUCCCUUGGUUAUUAAUUAGCUUUUCGGGAAUGCACAUGCUUUGUAUUUUAAAGCUUGUCACGAAAACUUAACUCGUGUAAUGGAAGAAAUAUAAUUGUAUCUGGUUGUAUCAAAUUUUACAAACAAAAAAGUUAACUGGCAUGACAAAGACAGCCAUCUACUUUGAGGCUCACGGCUAAGUUCGUGACCUUUUUUGACUUCCGCCCUAAUUGGGUUUAUCAUAGUGGCAACGUUGCCCCCUCCCUCCCUCCCCCAUCCACAAUGCUGUCGUACGAUCAAUAUAACAAGAACCCCAAAACCAUAAAUACAUUGGUCAAAAUUUUAUAAUAACAAAAAGAGCAACGAAUUGCAACGUCUUAAAGGCAGUCGUGUUCCACCCAAAAAAGAAAAAAGAAUUAUCUUUAGAGGAUGUUUCCUUUCUUCUGCCUGCAACAAAUAUUUCUUGUGCAUUCAGUAAUGCCUUGGCAACUCGAGACAGGAAAAUAUAAUGAUUUAAAACAUCCUUGGGCAGUCACUAUAAAAAGCGGCAUCUUACGAGCCGUAGUACUUCACAUCAAGCACCAAGGUUCAGCGUUGUUCUGGAGUCGCUAUGAAGACUACUGUGGCGAUUAUAUUUCUUCUGCAAGUGUCAUUAAGAUUUGGUAAGUUUCUUUCAUGAGAGUAUUGCAUAUUUCUUUAAAUGUUCUUCGGGAUAAUUCAAGAAGUACGUUGAUCAGUUUUAAUGCAUGAUUCGAGUAGAUUGCAUUUUCAGCUAUUUGAAAUUCAGCGUUUUCUAAUCACAUAGUAUAAUGGACCAAGGUUCAUGGUAGUUAUUUGGGAUUUACAAGAUUUAGAAAACCGUGCCAAAAGAGAUGUCUUGCCGAGUAAUUUUUAGCAUGUUCUUUUUCGUGAUACGCUGUCAAACAGACAUCGCAAACUUAUGAGCGUAUUAUAAACGUAAAAGGCUGUAUGGUAGAAAUUUUUUCAAACAAAUCCACGACGGUCGAGAUACCUUGCACGUGAGAGGAUCCGAAGCUAUCCUCCCCUCUUUGAUGAGAAUGAGCCUAUUACAGACCAAUGUCGUUCCCCAGGGUUGGAAAGAGUGGGAGAGAACCCUGAGAACGGGGUUGGUUCCAGGCCGUCAAUCGAUAGAUAAGUGCGACUAAGGAAGACUACGACCGACGAAGAAAGUUGCCAUUAAAUGAAAGCCUGAGUCAUCCAGGUGUUCGACGAGGAAAUGCGAAACAGCUAACAGAUAUCGCUUACUUCUUACAUCUCUUGUAUGAUUAAAGCCUGAAAGAAUGUCCACUAUAAUCGCCCUGAUUUCUUUUAAAAGGUUUUUCUGAAACGGCUUGUGAUCAACCGCUUGGAAUGCAGAAUGGUGCCAUUCCGGACUCCGCCUUGACUGCUUCCAGUAAGGCAGGCGUUGCUCAUAGCCCUAAAAGAGGAAGACUAAAUUAUGCGACACCACCUGCUGCUUGGUCGUCUGGAGGUGCUCAUUAUCUAAAAAACAGCUGGUUUCAAGUUGACUUUGGAAGUUGGACUAAAGUGACGAGGAUUGCAACCCAAGGAAGAAAGUAUGCCUAUGAGUGGGUGACACGAUAUCGUGUGUCUUAUUCCUACGAUGGGAUAUUCUUCAAAGACUACACGGAAGGAGCCUCUUAUCCAAAGGUGCUUUAGCAUAAAUAUGAAAAUAAUCGAACCUUCCAUCUGUGACCACCAGUGCUGCGAAGAUCUAGUGGUCGCAUGCGAGAAUCGUACCAAAGGGGUCUCUUUUUUUUUCUUUUUAUUUCAAGAAGAGGUCCGUACACAACUACGUGACCGUGUGGCACGAAAUUUUUGCGGGUUUUUUUUUUUUUAGCGGAUUGGCAAUUUUUUGCGUUUUGCGGGAACUUAUUUUUCCGAUUAGGACAGAUUGGUUUUGCUUGGAAUUAAUUUUUGCUAUUUUUAGAAAGUACCCAGUACCCAGCAUUGAUUAUAUUUUCGUAUUUAUUGAGUACUAUACGUGCAAUAGAAAUACAUAUUUUCAAGUAAUAAACCAGUAUUUCGUUGUUUCUGAAUGAAAGAGACAAGUUGUGAUUGAACAGACACGAUUUCGUAGUACUAUAUUUUUGUGUCGUGAAUUUAAGCUGGAGAAUAUUUACUCUGGAAUUAAUUUUUACGGGAAAAGUAUGUGCGAUAAUUUUUAUUUGCGGGAACUUAUUUUUGCAGAUCGCUGGAAAAACCGCAAAAAUCGGAAAAAUUAGAACCCGCAAAAAUUGCUUGCCACACGGUACUUCAAGAGAGGAAGAAUGUCAACUUUUAAAAAUUUCAAAGAAUUUAUUGCACGUAUUUUCUAAGUUAGGAUAUGCAUAGUUCCAUGUUGUACUAAAAUUCGUCCACGUACUGUUAUUAGUGAAGUGCAUACAUGCGAACACGGUUAUCAAACUAUGCAUCAAGAAAAGGGAAAAUUAAAAACCGUCGCCACAAAAAGUGGUCGUUUAAAGUGAAUGGGACAUCCUUAGGGACGGACCAUUAGAGAACUUAUGGGGGGGGGGGGGGGCGGGCGAAGUACAAAAAAAAAAAUAUAUUCGCGCAAGGGAAAAGUAAAUGAAAAAAAUUCAUGCACGCCAAUCAACCCUAAAAAAAAUAUUCAUGCUAUGGCCUAAAAAAAUUCAUACAAGGAAUUUUGUAACGAAAAAAAAUUCCCGCAGCUCGAAAACUUCCCUCUCCCCCCCUAUAACUUUUCUAAUGGUCCGUCCCUUAAUCUGGGGAGAGGGGAAAGUCAAGAAAUUUUCAUAACUAUGAUGUAUAGUUGUAUAUCAAAAAGUCGGUGAACCUAAAAAAGGUGUUUUUUAAACUUUUUGUUUUGAAAUUGAAGGUCUUUUCCGGCAACUCGGACAGAAAUGGAAUUGUCACUCAUGAGUUGACUAAUCCUAUCAUUUGCCGCUACAUUCGAAUCCUUCCUACUGCAUAUCACGCCUGGGUGUCGCUUAGGGCUGAAUUUUAUGGCUGCAAAACAGGUACGUAGGUACCCGGUAUCAGUCAGUGAAGUAUUUCACUGAAACUAACUCCGACUCUCCUCCUUAUUUACGGGUUAGUUGCGUGCACGCCGUUCGAGGGUCACUUCCUCAGUGCACAGGGAACCCAUCUGGUCACCUGUAGCCCAGCUGUAAACACAGGUGGGAAGUUCUAUUUUUCAGUAAGUGGUUGGAAUGAAGUUGAUAGGAUUUUAGGUCGUGUAAGUUGACAUGAAUAAUAGUCGUAACCAGCUCUGCGCCCUGACGUCAUGAACGAACUUGCAAAGCAAUGUGCGACAACAAUGGACCAAGUCCCGUUCCUCGAAAGAUAGUGAAGUUUAAAUCAAGAUUAAGCCAAAUUUUAAGCACGGUUUUCUUGUGUAUGAACAUGUAACUCAGUCUAACCAAAUACUGUUCAGUCCUUACUCUGAGAUACAGUUAUGUUAGCACAAAAUGUUUUUCUAAGCAAAUUGCACAGGAAGUAAAUACCAAAAGUGGAGCAAAAUUUGAUCCUGGGUUUUGGCUAAUCAGCCUUUCAGGAAUCAGGCCUAGGGUUGUACUUUCCAUCAAAAACUGGGUAUGACUGUUAAGUUUUAACUGAACCAAUAAUACACUUGGCUGGUUGCCACAGUACUAUAAGAGACACUCGAAUGCAUGGACAUUAAGUUCAGGAAAAUUAAAUGGUUAGUCUAGUUUUUUGUUUUAACCAGGGUCAAUUUAAUGAAACUUUUACAUGGUGUAAUCUACAAGUGUAGCUUUUGUUUUCAGACUCUAAAACAAUACGGCUAAAAUUGUAAAAUACAUUUCAAAAGUUUUAUUAAAUUGACCCCAGCGUAACUUCAAAGUUGUGUAGAUCAAGGCUUACAGCCAAACCUGCAUUAAGCUGUCACCAUUGGGUAAAAGCUCUCGGGCCAUUUAAAACAGGUUUGACAAACCUAGGAACAUUCAAGAACAAGAAUAUAGUGAAAGAGCGAAAUAUCUAUACCCUGCAAGAUUGAGCUCAAAAUGACCGUUUGCUGGAAAAUAGAAAAGAACUCGUAAGGAAAAGGUGACCGCGACCGUUUAAUAGAGGGUGACCGCUAAAUACAGGUUCGCUUACAGUAGAAGGUUUACUGUAUAUCGUUUUGUUAUCUAGUUGCUAUUCAUGUAACUGCUGUCCUGUUGUAGGUUUUCCCAUCCCAGAGCUACCAACUUGCAGGCAUCCGCUGGGGAUGGAAAGUGGCCACAUCCCGAAUUCGGCGAUAACGGCUUCCUCCAAACUGUCAAUAGUAUAUGGUCCUGAGAAUGCUAGACUUCAUUACCAGGGUGAAGCUGGGCGAGUUGGGGCCUGGAUACCCUUACAUCAAGACCACAACCAAUGGCUUCAGGUGGACUUCGGAUCUGUGACACAAAUCACGGGUAUAUCAACUCAAGGUUAUUACAAUGCCGAUCACUGGGUUAAGAGCUAUACCCUGCAAUAUAGUGACAAUGGGUAUAGUUUCAAGCCAUAUCAGCAAAACGGGCAUACCAAGGUACUGACUGGUUUUGAGGUAACAUUUAAUUGCUUUCGACGUUAGGAGAACCCAACCUAAACUCAACGCACGAGAAGCCUGGGCCCUGUGAAUAAGUCUCACCUAUUUUAAAGGAGAUUUCUAAGCUGCAAGUAAAAGCCCCAGUCAGUCUAAGUGUCAUGUUACGAUAGUGUCUUAAAUUUUCCGAGGACAAUUCUUGCUGAAAAUUUUGCGUUAUUUUUUCACAUGUGGUCAUUCAUUCACAUUUUGGCCGACAUCGUGCUUCAUUGUUCAAAGCGCAUAUGCGUCGGCAUUGCACUGACAUGUACUUGAUUUAACUUUAAAAUUUGCUUCAUGUUGCAACUAAAUUUGCUCACCCUUGAAUAUUGAAAAAGUGAAAUAGCAAGCGAACCAGGUUUUGAGUGAGGUCGAAUAGCGUACAUAGUAUACGAAGAUACACUCCCUAACAAUCAUGAACUUUCUUUUUAAGACCUUUGAUGGAAAUGUGGAUCGAAUGAACGUUGUCAGUCAUGUACUGAACCCGCCUAUCAACGCGAGAUAUAUAAGGGUCAUCCCUGAGUCCUAUUAUCUUUACGAAGCUCUGCGGUUAGAGUUUUACGGAUGCAAAACAAGUAAGAUACUUUUAGGUUGAUUGUUUACUCUUAAGAGAUUAUGAGACCUCUAUUUUCGAUCGAGCAUUGAACGUACCGAUGUUCAUAUAUGCUGCCCCAAUCAUGGUCCCCAACGGACAUCUCCACUCUCCCCAGACUUUAAUCGC